UGGUUAGACAUAAAAAAAUUUCAACCAUGGUUACGUGAAAUACCAAAUGACAGUUAUUCAUUUUUCUGUUCAUUUUGCGAUAAAUCGUAUAGUCUAUCGACUAUUGGUUUGGCACGUAUAUAUAGCCACACAGAAUCCAAAAUGCCUAGAGAAAAUAGUAAUGUAAAAGCAACCAAAUCGAAUGAAGACUUGAAUACGCAAAAUGAAGAACUUUUGUCAUUUGAUGAGCGUAAGAAAGCUGCAGAAAUUCGAUGUGCUGCAUUAAUUGCAGAAACAAAUACGCCUCAUCAAAAUGCAACAAAAUUUCUCAAUUUUUUCCAAAAACUAGGAGAUGAUCCGAAAGUUCUAAAAAGCAUGACAAUGAGUAGAACAAAAUGUAAAAAUAUUAUAUCCAAUGUUUUGGGUCCAAUAGAAACGGAUCGUGUUACUAGUAACAUUCAGAAUACUAAAUUUUCGAUUUUUAUUGACGAAACUUCGGAUAUAACAAAUGUUAAAUGGAUGAUAUUUUAUGUUCGCUACGUUAAUUGUGAAACUUUAGAUGUUGAUACCAAAUUAGUAAAAUUAAUUGAU